UUAAACGGUUAUAGAUGGCAACAGAUUUUAGUAGUAGUACUGUAGUACAGAAAAUUACAAUCUGCAAACACGUAUUCGCAUCGAUAAUAAUAUACCAUUUGAUACACACAUAAACAAACCCACACAUACGCACAGCGACCUGAGCCCUUUAAAGGUUGUUACCAUGGUUACUAAGAGUAGUUGUCUGUUUUCCCUGAGGCCAACUAGCCCGUGUAGUCAUCCCUGUCAAAACCGGAAUGACAACUCUAUAGGUGUGUCUCAAAACACCAUACAGCUCAGUGGAACAGGGUCAGUGUGUCUAAAGAACCCCACACAGAAUUCAGCUGAGUUACAGACGACUUUACUGAGACGACUUUAUCGUCUCCAUGACAACUCAACAAAACAAUGAUCUGACGACGCCUCAACUGACAAGGGUGCCCAGGAAAAGACGCACUGGAAAAAUACGUGGAGAACUGGUAGGGUUCAGUUCGGGGUGAGUAAGGACUGAGCCGCCAUUUUUAUUGCGUCGACGCUGUCCAAAGUCUUCACAGUCAGUCAGACUGUCGAAACAGAUCUAGGAGGACUUUCUGUGCGACUACAAAGUCUAAGAAAAGUUAGGAGGAGGGAGUAGUUACGGAAAGACUGAGUGUGAAUCUCUGAGACUUAAGGGUCGCCUCGGGACAAAGCAGCACCAUGCCGGAGCGUUCAGUGAACUGCCCUCUUCCACGGGACGCCAGGACAUGGAUCAUCCUUAUAUUCUUCAUCCUACUGGGCGGGAUGCUGCUAUUGAUGGGCCUGUACUUCUUCAUUAGGACCCUGAUUUGGGCGAUAGGAAUCGUCAUCAUCGCCCUAGUGGUCGUGUUUAUGUGUAUCUACAUGCUCUGUCCGGGAUGCCUACGGUGCACAUGCAAUGGAGAAGAAGAGAAGGAGCAUUCGUACGAGGGAAGCUGCAAGUACGCCAAAGACCCGGAGGCCGCCAGGAGCCGCAAGCGGCGACGUCAGACGAGGCGCAACAGCAGCGGCAGCUCCUCGGACGACUCGGAGUACGAGCGGGAGAGGCGCCGCCGGAAGCGCCGCCGGAAGGAGAGGAGGGAGAGACGGGAUAGCAGUGAUGACAGCUAUGACGACAUCCGGUACGAAGACGAGAGGCGCAGGCGCAAAGAGAACGAGAAGGACGACAACGCCGCGAACGAGAAACGGAAGAAGUGGAUGCCAGCCUGCGUGGCAAAGCGCAAAGGGCGCAAAGGUAGUGAUAGUGACUCGGGGUUAGAUGUGCCCUGAUUGAAGAAAAGGGUGUUUCGUCACACUAUCAACGUUAUAAAUGUGGCUUUUAUGUGAAUUUCGGGGAGAUAGCAACAUCACGAAAUGUGUGAAUAUAUGAGUACACAUAGAGCACAUGGAGCAUAUUUUGACAAUUAUACUUACAAUUUUUUUCUGUAGUCACAUCAAAUUAGAUUUCAGUUUUUCCAUCAAAUUCACAUGAAUGUCACAUUUAAACGCCCGUUACUGUCAUUACAAAAAUAACAUGUUUCUUGGUGGAUGGUUGGCUGUAACAAUGUUGUAUGGCACAAAAUCUGUGUUUUGUGUUACUUUAUGAGCAAACAAUGUUCUCAUAGUCAUAGUAAAUGGUAAAACCUCUUUAACGUACAUGCUUAUUUUUACUCAAGAACUAUAUGAUAUUACAUUUCAAGAUAGCACUUUAUGAAUUUGUUGAAACUUUAUGUACAUUUUAGAUAUUAUGGUUGCAUUCAUUGGAUUCUGUGAUCAAUAAAUUUAGUCAUUGUCAUUUCCAUGAACCAUGUAGUGAUAAGCGGUUAAUAUGUAGUCCUUUCUGUUAUCGACUAAAUGAUGGUAGAACGACAAUUAAUAUUACAUUAACCCGCGGUUGGGUAAAUCUAGCAGCCAGGAAACAAGAGAUGUUUGAGAAGAAAAU